AUUGCAACAAAUCAAACGACAUAUGAACAAAUAAAAAGUUUCUUCUAUGGCAGCAACCCAUGGAACAGGGCGAGCGGUUUGUGUCACUUGGAGUUGCCAGCACGUAAUCCCUACUCACCUUCUCAGGGAUCUUCUCUCUCAAGCAGAGGCGAGGAUACAGUUAGCAUUGCCCUAGACGGCAUCAGCGCAGCAGCACAGCAGCAGCAGCAGCAGCAGCAGCAGGAGCAGCAGCAGCAGCAGCAGCAGCAACGGCAGCAUCAGCAGCAGGCGUUGCUGUUGCGGCAGCGCUCGCAGCACCGACUUCCUUACGAAGAGGGGUAUCAGGAAGAAGAGCAGCAGCAGCAGCAGCAGCAAGCGGUGCUGCUGCAGCAGCAACCUCUUCAUGAAGCCCCAGCACUUCCUCUUGUUCGCUCUGCGCAACCACCAGCCGUCACGAACUGCUGCGAAGCUGAGGGCGCAACACAAAUUUUGUCUGCGGACCCUUCCUUUAUCGAUUGCAUCACCGGUAGCACUCCUUCUGUGCAGCUGCAAUCUGUUCCUCUCGUGGCGUCCGAGAGACCCCACAGGCCAAAGACGCAGCAGCAGCAGCAGCAGCAGCAGCAACAGCAACAGCAGCAGCAGCAGCAGCUUGGGAAGCCGCACUUAUUUAGCAGCCACAGCAUCUGCAGCACCACGCAGCAGGAGGGGGAGGGAGCAGCAGCAGCAGCAGCAGCAACAGCAACAACAGCAGCAGCAGGAGAAAUAUGCGACCGAGCCGCUGCUGGCUUCUGUGGCGUUCGCCGCAGCAGCAGCAGCAGCAGCAGCAACAGCAGCAGCAGCAACAACAACAGCAGCAGUUGCCCUUCUUUUCUGAAGCUGCUGUGGGGACGGAGACACCCACCUGCUGCUGCUGCUGCUGCGCAGGGGCUGCUGCCGCGGCUGCCCCCUCUGAGCAGCAGCAGCAGCAGCAGCAGCAGCAUUAUACACUGCAGCAGCAACACCUCCCUAACUAGGGUGCCUAUACACCCGAAUUCUCCGCAGGAGGAUCUGCAGCGGGAAGUACAGCAGCAACUGCAGCUUGAGGCACAGCAGCAGCAGCAGCAGCAACAGCAGCUGCAGCUGUUGCGGCUGCAGCAACAGCUGCAGCGGCAGCUGCACCAGCAGCAGCAGCAGCAGCAGCAGCAGCAGCGAAGAGGCAUUGCUUCUUCUUCUGUUAGGGCGCUGCUGCUGAAGUGCGGUGGGAUUGCCUGCGUACUGCCGGAGGAAGAUGAAGAAGAAAGCUCGCAGUGCGCGCUGCAGCUGCAGCAGCUGCAGCAGCAGCUAGAGCAGCAGCAGCAGAAGCAGCAACUGCAGCACCUAGAGCAGCAGCAGCUAGAGCAGCAGCAGCAACAACAACAACAGCGAAAGCAGCGCGGGCACCACGGCCUUUGCUCACCACUUAGGGGCAGCCAGCUGAGACACGUGCGACUGCAGCAGCAGCAACAGCAGCAGCAGCAACAGCAGCAGCAGCAGCAGCAGCAGCAAUGCUGGGAGUACCGUCCCCGGUCCCGCAGUGUACGAAGACUUAGCCUUACAGAGCUGCAGCGGCCGCAGCAGCAAGGGUCAUUGCAGCAGCAGCAAACGGUGCAGCUGCAGCACCAGGAGCAGCAGCAGCAGCAGCAGCAGCAUAAACGCAGCAGCAGCGCAACCCCACACCAAAGGCCCCCUUGCGAGCGCGCCCAAAGGGCAGCAGCAGCAGCAGCAGAUACAGCAGCAAAUGCAGCAGCAGCAAAUGCAGUAUCAGCAGCAGAUGCAGCAGCAAGGGCAGCACCAGGUGCAGCAGCAGCAGCACCAGCAUCAACAGCAUCUGCAGCAGCAGAUGCAGCAGCAGAUGCAGCAGCAGAUGCAGCAGCAGAUGCAGCAGCAGCAGCUGCAAGGUGUCUGCCUUUCCGUCCAGUGCAUCUAUAG